AUGGCGUCUCAAACACCGGCCGUUGUCAUGGACAACGGAACUGGCUACUCUAAACUCGGAUUCGCUGGAAAUGACUCCCCAUCUUUCGUUUUCCCCACUGCGAUUGCGACCAAAGCUGGUGCUGGAGCAGGUGGGAGCUCCGGGUCUGGACGACCGCCGGUUGCGAAUAAACCAUCGUUUUUAGCCGGAGGUGGUGGAGCAAGUUCGCAUCUGUCUGCGAAACGUGGAACAGAGGACCUGGAUUUCUUCAUUGGUGAUGAGGCCCUGGCCGCUGGCGGUGGUCCUGGUUAUGCUGUCAAUUAUCCCAUUCGCCACGGCCAGAUUGAGAACUGGGAUCUCAUGGAACGUUUCUGGUCAAACUCGAUCUUCAAGUAUCUGCGUGUUGAACCCGAGGACCACUACUUCCUACUCACUGAGCCGCCCCUCAAUCCUCCCGAGAACCGUGAGAACACGGCCGAAAUUAUGUUCGAAUCGUUCAAUUGCGCCGGUCUCUACAUCGCUGUUCAGGCCGUUCUUGCCCUCGCUGCAUCAUGGACAUCCUCGAAGGUGACCGAUCGAUCCCUUACGGGAACCGUCAUCGACUCCGGUGACGGUGUCACCCACGUCAUUCCCGUUGCAGAGGGCUACGUUAUCGGUUCCUCCAUCAAGAGUAUUCCCAUUGCUGGUCGGGAUAUCACGUAUUUUAUACAGAGCCUCCUUCGUGAUCGAGGAGAACCAGAUAGCAGCUUAAAAACUGCAGAGCGAGUCAAGGAAGAAUACUGCUACGUCUGCCCUGAUAUUGUCAAGGAGUUUGCCCGGUACGACCGUGAGCCCGAUCGGUUCUUAAAGCACACUGUAACCUCGCCCAAUGGACGGUCAGUGACUAUUGACGUCGGAUAUGAGCGAUUCCUUGCACCUGAGAUCUUCUUCAACCCCGAAAUCUACUCCUCUGACUUCCUGACCCCUUUGCCCGUUGUGGUGGACGGUGUCAUCCAGACCUCUCCUAUUGACGUCCGGAGAGGACUUUAUAAGAAUAUUGUACUGUCUGGUGGGUCUACUCUCUACAAGGACUUUGGCCGUCGUCUGCAGCGCGAUAUCAGGCAUCUGGUGGAUGCUCGUAUUCAUGCAUCGGAAGCCCGCAGCGGCGGAGCCAAGAGUGGUGGUCUGGACGUGGCAGUGGUGACACACAAGCGACAGAGGCACGGUCCUUGGUUCGGUGGCAGCCUGCUGGGUCAAACUCCUGAAUUCAGAAGUUACUGCCACACCAAGGCAGAGUAUGACGAGAUUGGUCCUAGCAUUGUUCGGAGGUUCGCACUUCUUGGUGGUCCGGGGAGUUCAUAA